AUGAACCCCUGGACGGUACCAAUUGGUCACCUGAACGACCUGUUGGCUGACGCCCCGAAGGAAGAAGAAAAUGAAAAGUGCACCCUGGAAGAAUUGGAUAUACCGAAGGAGGUAAUCUUAGCCUUAGGUCGGAUGGAUAUUUUCCACCCCUCGACGAUCCAGCGGCUGUCCAUUAAGAAGGCCCUACAGAAGAGGAACCUAAUUGUUCAGGCAAAAAACGGGACGGGAAAAAGCAUGUCCAUAUGUAUCAUCGUGGCUAGUAGAAUAGUGGCAAAGGUGAAGAGGAGGCACCUAAAGAAGGCAGAUGGGAAUGUUGUAGAGGGGGGAGAAACAGGCCAAUCGAUGUUGCAACCAAAUGGGACAGACCCACCAGUGUCCCUCUUCCUCCACUCCAUAAUCCUCGUGCCGACACGCGAACUCUGCGUGCAGCUCUGUGACAACAUAAAGGAGAUCUCACACCAGGGCAUAUUUAUUAGCAGGAAAAAUGGAAAGAUUCCACAAGCAUGCGAAAAUGUUAGCACUUCCUCCCCCAACGCUGUAUUAGGAGAUCAUCACUACGAAUCAAAUAGUAACGAGCAGAUGGUGAAGGAGUCCCCCUUCGAAGUGAAACCCAUGGUACUCUACGGAGGGACGGACGUAGUAGAAAAUUUACGAAUGAUAUUUUCGUAUCUUCCCCACGUAAUCAUAUCUACCCCCGGAAGGUUGAAACACGUGUUGAGCAUUCUGAAGCGACUGCAUGUGCGGGUGGGACAAACAGAAACGGAGGGAUGCUCUACCCAAGUGCCACUCACCAAAAUAGCAAACGUCCUCAUUAAACAGUUGAUAUUAGACGAGGUGGAUGCUCUGCUCGAUGAACAAUUCCAGGAACAAAUAAAGUUGAUCCUCAGUCAGGUGGUAAGUCCCAAAGUCCAAGUGCUCUGUUACAGUUCCACGUUUCUUGAGUCAACAAUUACUAGCUUUUUAAAGAUGCUGCAUCUGCAGGACGUGGGCUAUCUUUCCAGGUGGAAGGGUUUCUGCGUGAAAAGGAUUGAUCAGGUUUUGGGUGAAUCUUAUGUGGGGUCUAUUGCUCCUGGGGAGGUUAGACCAGAAGUGAAGGUAAGACACACCCCGGACCAGGAGACACCACAGCAGAGCAACGAAUCGGAUGAGCGUGAAGUGGCCGCAGAAGUGGCUCCGCUAGAAGAAUAUCACAAGAAUGAGGUGAGCUCCCCACCCGGUAUGCCCCAAAACAACCGCAUACACACAAAAAUGGUGCAAACCCAGAGCGUCUUCCAGGAGGAGAGAUCCAUUCGAUACAUUUUACAAAAAAUUGUAAAGGAAAAACGAAACGUUGUAAUGUGUGUUAGGCGAAAGAGGGAGUUUGAGUUCGUGCAGACGUGCACCUCGGUGAUCAUUCAUGGGGAAGGGGCGGCAGGAAGGAAACAGUCCCAUGGCGCAGUGAAGCAAUUCGCUGGUGAGGAACGGGAUGAACCUUGUAACCCCUGCGAUGGGACAGAGGGAAGUAAUGGAGACAACCAUUCCGGUGAUGUGCUGGGCUCCCCCAUCCUGCGAAACGUUAGACACUGCUUCAUCACAGUGAACAACGAAGGCAUGAACAAGCACGAGGAACUCAAAUACAAAAUGAAGGUCAUCCUGAAGGUAGUAAAGGAGAUCAAAUUCCACCAGUGCUUCCUUUUUAUUAACAACACAUAUGAGGGGGUGCAGGUCAGCAAGAUGCUAAACAAACACGACGUGUCCUGCUACUACACGAGCUCCAAGGUGGAUCACCACGAAAGGAUGAACGUUUUUAAUAGACUAAAAAAGAAUGAGGUGAAGGUUGUGGUGUGUAGCGAUGUCAUGAGCAGAGGUAUAGACAACAUAGUGUGUGACCUGGUCAUUAAUCUUGAUAUACCGCAGAAUAAGGAGACCUACAUUCAUCGGUCGGGCAGGUGUGGACGCUAUGGGAACAGGGGGCUCUGCAUAAGCCUCUGUAACUAUUCCGACUACAACUACCUGCACUACUAUAAGUAUCAGCUGCGAUUACCUGUGCACGACUUCUGCUAUUUGCGGAGGGAGCAGCAGUUCGAGAAAGGGGCGAACCAGUUGGAGGGGGCAAACCAGUUGGUGGAGGGGGCGAACGAUGCCCCUUGGGGCAGUUCUUACGGUCUACGCGGUAGGGAAGAAGAGGGGGUAGAAGCUAUCAGGGAAAACGCUACCCAGGAAGAGGCCACUUGGGAAGAAGCCACCCGGGGUGAGCACUCCGCCAGUUGCGUUGAACCCAAGUUAGGAAUCCAAAUAGUUGAAAAAAAGGUUCCCCUUGAACUGUGCCGCUUAAAGCGCGCCCCGAGACGGAAGGUCCUUUCCCUGAACAUCAAGGGGUUUUUCGCCGAGGGGAUACACAUCGUAGGGAGGGGCAUCCAGACGAAGAACCAAUCGGAUGGCCCACUCCACGACGUCCACCUCAAAGUUCGUGUGAAAAAAUUUUUGAGCAAAUUCAAAAUUGUGAAAAACGAAGUCUCCUGUCAGUUUUGUCUUCCAAACGAUAACGUAAAUGUCUUUAAAACGAUAAGCAUCGUCCAGCAUGAGUCUAAUCUUAUUAUUUUCUUUCUCUUUAAGAGAAGAAUACGGAUGCGGUUCCUUUCCUUCCGCUCGGUGGCACUUCCACAAGGGGAGGAGGAAAAGGGGAGUAAGUGGAGCCGAUCCAACUACUGCUUCCUCUUUUUUUGCAACUCGGACAGCUACCUAGUGCUGAAGGUCUUUUAUUUCUUCCUCUUCCUGUUUAAGCAUUAUCAGUAUCCCCUCAGGGAGGCCCUAACUCCACUGCUGAUUCAUACGGGAGGGAUUACACAAAAGGGGGGGAAAUGUAAAAACAAAUGUGAAAAAUGUUGCCACAUAUUACACCCCAACGAAGUCAAUCUGAACUACGUGUCGGACACCUGCCUCAUGAUAAGUAACAACGUCCAAAGGGGAGAGAAAAAAAAAAAAAAAAAUUUUAAAGCGUACGAAAGUGAUGAAGAUUUUUACAUGAACAGGCAAGGUAAAAAAAUAACAACUUUUCAAAAGGCCAUGUUUUACCCUUUCCUCUUGGGAAGCCGAAAGGGGCAUCGCUCAAGUGGCAAAUUAAACAGCCCCGAUCCUGUCCACGCGGAAGAGGUCCAUCACGAAGUUUAUGACGAAACGUUACAACAGAGAGAAGGCGACCUGCAACCAAGUUCAAUGCCCCUAGAAAGCGCCCUCAAACAGAUAAAGGCAAACUGCCUGGAGAGGAAAAAAAUCCUUACCUUUUCACAACAGUGCAGUGAAGUCCCCUGUAUGAAUGACCAACGGAAGAUCGCCCAGAAGGUAAAUAACCUGGUGGCCCCGCAGGUGUUCCUAAAUUUGGCCACUGCAGAGCAGGACGUCCAUUUGUUGAAAGGACUCUUCCUGCAGAAUCACGUGCAGCUCCAUGGAGGAAACAGCUUGGAUGAGGAAGACUAUCGUGCACAAAAAAACAAAAGCGGUUUUGCUAUUUUGGAAGAGUGA